AUGCUGAACCAAGCUGCGAAGAAGUUCUCCAAGAUGCACGUUAGACGAAAUCCGAACCUGUCUAUACAGGCGACCACGCAAUACUCGCAACUCAGCCCUCCGCCUCAUUCUGCCAAGUCGAGCGCGUUUCUCUCUCCUUCGGCUCCUUCACGUCGUGGACUCCUCGCGAGAUCGCCUCCGCCCAGUCCGAGCCUUCCGAGCUUGUUGCCGAAACAUGGAAAGAAGGGUAUCAACACGACCUAUUCAAAGCUGUGGAAGCGGCUACUCAUAGGAUUCUGUGUUGUUUCCUUUAUCGUUUGGAUUGUGCUUGGGCAAAUAUACGGGGCCUCGCAAGCUGCGGUGGGCAAUGUUGAGGAGGAAGCCGCUGAGGACUGGGAGAUGGUUGGUGGUAGCACGUUACCGCACGAGCCUGUUGCUCUGGCACUUCAGGAUGCCAAGGGAAAGAUGAGGUGGACAGUAUCAAUACCUGCGGAGCUUAGUUUCCCAUUGAAACCGGCGCAGUAUCGCGAGGUCUGCCACCAGGCUAUGGAGGUGUCCAACCAGGUCAGGCAGGAUGCACAGAAGCAGAGUUUUGUGAAGAGAAUGUUGAAUUAUAAUCAGCAAGAUCAAUAUUACAUUGACAUACAAGAGGCGGAGGAACAGGGUCUGCUGCCACCCUCGAAAGCGAGUGGCCGACCAAAGGGAUUUGUGGAGGAUGAAGAUAUCAAAGAUGGAAUCUCUACCGAGGGGCUCAAGGUCUGUGACAAGUCCUUGACCUACGUUAUGGAGACGAAAGACGCGGGCUUCGGCAACACGCUGAUGUACAUGUGGUUGGCGUAUGGUUUGGCGAAAGCUGAGAACCGUGCCUUCUUCAUCGACGAUACUCGCUGGCCCUAUGGUAGAUUUUCGUCCUUCUUCCAACCUCCACCUGCCGCGAAAUGCCUCCCUCCUCCUCCUUCGCACAUGGUUCCUUGCCCCCAUACCGCACGUCACAUUGUUGCCAGUGCCGCCACAACUGGGUCUACAUUUGGCCACUCAUUCACUGAGGAGUGGGAGGACCCAACAAAGAUGCAAGUACAGCGGCAAGUCAAGAUUUUCGGUCUCGCCCGAACCGGCUACGAAGCACUCUUCAAGAUCCGCCCAGAAGACGCAACAUACGUCGAGGAGCGAUCCAAAGAACUCUACAGUGCCGUAAAGAGUGAGGGCGGCCUCAGCAUCGGCAUGCACGUGCGCCACGGCGACAAACACCCCAUGGAAUUCCAAUACCAAAAAGACUACAUCCCAUUAACCCGCUACAUUGACACCGCGCGUAAUCUCUACAUCGAAAUUGUCGAAGGCGGUCUCAAGUCCAAGCACAAAAUCAAGCGCAGCCUCUUCUCCUCCCCCGAUAACACCCCCGCCCUCGCCGCCCGUCACACCACCUCAAAAAUGAUCCUCGCUUCCGAUGACCCCAACGUCUACGACUCCCCCGAACUAGGACCAAACUCAAUCCGCGCUCAAGACCGUAUCGUCCUCGCCACAAAAACCGCGCUCGAAGCCGCGCAAAAGGAACCAAAGAAGAACCACUGGAUCGACGAGAUCACCGGCUGGGAAGGCGGUUUCUACCGCGACGUCUUCUUUUCGCUGGGCCAGUCCGGCGGUAACGCACAGGAUACUGGUAAGGUGAAUAAUGCUGAUAGCCCUGUCCCUGAGCAGGCUAUGAAGCUGAGGGAGCUGGUAGGAAGGGCGUACUUGCUGGAUUUGGCGGUGCUGGGAAAGGCCGAUACGGUGAUUUGUACGAUUUCAUACAAGUUUGCGCACCAGCUGGUGGUUGUGAUAUAG